UCACACUAGCCUUCAGCUGUGGUCAGGACAGACGUGUGUGUGUGUGUGUGUGACCUGCUCUGUGUUCACACUACCCUUCACCUGUGGUCAGGACAGACGUGUGUGUGUGUGUGUGUGACCUGCUCUGUGUUCGCACUAGCCUUCAGCUGUGGUCAGUACAGAUGUGUGUGUGUGUGUGUGUGUGUGUGUGUUUGAGACCUGCUCUGUGUUCACACUACCCUUCACCUGUGGUCAGGACAGACGUGUGUGUGUGUGUGUGUGACCUGCUCUGUGUUCGCACUAGCCUUCAGCUGUGGUCAGUACAGAUGUGUGUGUGUGUGUGUGUGUGUGUGUGUUUGAGACCUGCUCUGUGUUCACACUACCCUUCACCUGUGGUCAGGACAGACGUGUGUGUGUGUGUGUGUGACCUGCUCUGUGUUCGCACUAGCCUUCAGCUGUGGUCAGUACAGAUGUGUGUGUGUGUGUGUGUGUGUGUGUGUUUGAGACCUGCUCUGUGUUCACACUACCCUUCACCUGUGGUCAGGACAGACGUGUGUGUGUGUGUGUGUGACCUGCUCUGUGUUCGCACUAGCCUUCAGCUGUGGUCAGUACAGAUGUGUGUGUGUGUGUGUGUGUGUGUGUGUUUGAGACCUGCUCUGUGUUCACACUACCCUUCACCUGUGGUCAGGACAGACGUGUGUGUGUGUGUGUGUGACCUGCUCUGUGUUCGCACUAGCCUUCAGCUGUGGUCAGUACAGAUGUGUGUGUGUGUGUGUGUGUGUGUGUGUUUGAGACCUGCUCUGUGUUCACACUACCCUUCACCUGUGGUCAGGACAGACGUGUGUGUGUGUGUGUGUGACCUGCUCUGUGUUCGCACUAGCCUUCAGCUGUGGUCAGUACAGAUGUGUGUGUGUGUGUGUGUGUGUGUGUGUUUGAGACCUGCUCUGUGUUCACACUACCCUUCACCUGUGGUCAGGACAGACGUGUGUGUGUGUGUGUAUGUGUGUGUGUGUGUGUGUGUGUGUGUGUUUGAGACCUGCUCUGUGUUCACACUACCCUUCACCUGUGGUCAGGACAGACGUGUGUGUGUGUGUGUGUGACCUGCUCUGUGUUCGCACUAGCCUUCAGCUGUGGUCAGUACAGAUGUGUGUGUGUGUGUGUGUGUGUGUGUGUUUGAGACCUGCUCUGUGUUCACACUACCCUUCACCUGUGGUCAGGACAGACGUGUGUGUGUGUGUGUGUGACCUGCUCUGUGUUCGCACUAGCCUUCAGCUGUGGUCAGUACAGAUGUGUGUGUGUGUGUGUGUGUGUGUGUGUUUGAGACCUGCUCUGUGUUCACACUACCCUUCACCUGUGGUCAGGACAGACGUGUGUGUGUGUGUGUGUGACCUGCUCUGUGUUCGCACUAGCCUUCAGCUGUGGUCAGUACAGAUGUGUGUGUGUGUGUGUGUGUGUGUGUGUUUGAGACCUGCUCUGUGUUCACACUACCCUUCACCUGUGGUCAGGACAGACGUGUGUGUGUGUGUGUGUGACCUGCUCUGUGUUCGCACUAGCCUUCAGCUGUGGUCAGUACAGAUGUGUGUGUGUGUGUGUGUGUGUGUGUGUUUGAGACCUGCUCUGUGUUCACACUACCCUUCACCUGUGGUCAGGACAGACGUGUGUGUGUGUGUGUGUGACCUGCUCUGUGUUCGCACUAGCCUUCAGCUGUGGUCAGUACAGAUGUGUGUGUGUGUGUGUGUGUGUGUGUGUUUGAGACCUGCUCUGUGUUCACACUACCCUUCACCUGUGGUCAGGACAGACGUGUGUGUGUGUGUGUGUGACCUGCUCUGUGUUCGCACUAGCCUUCAGCUGUGGUCAGUACAGAUGUGUGUGUGUGUGUGUGUGUGUGUGUGUUUGAGACCUGCUCUGUGUUCACACUACCCUUCACCUGUGGUCAGGACAGACGUGUGUGUGUGUGUGUGUGACCUGCUCUGUGUUCGCACUAGCCUUCAGCUGUGGUCAGUACAGAUGUGUGUGUGUGUGUGUGUGUGUGUGUGUUUGAGACCUGCUCUGUGUUCACACUACCCUUCACCUGUGGUCAGGACAGACGUGUGUGUGUGUGUGUGUGACCUGCUCUGUGUUCGCACUAGCCUUCAGCUGUGGUCAGUACAGAUGUGUGUGUGUGUGUGUGUGUGUGUGUGUUUGAGACCUGCUCUGUGUUCACACUACCCUUCACCUGUGGUCAGGACAGACGUGUGUGUGUGUGUGUGUGACCUGCUCUGUGUUCGCACUAGCCUUCAGCUGUGGUCAGUACAGAUGUGUGUGUGUGUGUGUGUGUGUGUGUGUUUGAGACCUGCUCUGUGUUCACACUACCCUUCACCUGUGGUCAGGACAGACGUGUGUGUGUGUGUGUGUGACCUGCUCUGUGUUCGCACUAGCCUUCAGCUGUGGUCAGUACAGAUGUGUGUGUGUGUGUGUGUGUGUGUGUGUUUGAGACCUGCUCUGUGUUCACACUACCCUUCACCUGUGGUCAGGACAGACGUGUGUGUGUGUGUGUGUGACCUGCUCUGUGUUCGCACUAGCCUUCAGCUGUGGUCAGUACAGAUGUGUGUGUGUGUGUGUGUGUGUGUGUGUUUGAGACCUGCUCUGUGUUCACACUACCCUUCACCUGUGGUCAGGACAGACGUGUGUGUGUGUGUGUGUGACCUGCUCUGUGUUCGCACUAGCCUUCAGCUGUGGUCAGUACAGAUGUGUGUGUGUGUGUGUGUGUGUGUGUGUUUGAGACCUGCUCUGUGUUCACACUACCCUUCACCUGUGGUCAGGACAGACGUGUGUGUGUGUGUGUGUGACCUGCUCUGUGUUCGCACUAGCCUUCAGCUGUGGUCAGUACAGAUGUGUGUGUGUGUGUGUGUGUGUGUGUGUUUGAGACCUGCUCUGUGUUCACACUACCCUUCACCUGUGGUCAGGACAGACGUGUGUGUGUGUGUGUGUGACCUGCUCUGUGUUCGCACUAGCCUUCAGCUGUGGUCAGUACAGAUGUGUGUGUGUGUGUGUGUGUGUGUGUGUUUGAGACCUGCUCUGUGUUCACACUACCCUUCACCUGUGGUCAGGACAGACGUGUGUGUGUGUGUGUGUGACCUGCUCUGUGUUCACACUAGCCUUCAGCUGUGGUCAAUACAGACGUGUGUGUGUGUGACCUGCUCUGUGUUCACAGCUGUCUGUGGCCUGUAAUCGUCUGGUGCGCAUGAU